GUAUGUGAAGGAGGGGGACAAAGUGUCCCAGUUUGACAGCAUCUGUGAGGUCCAGAGUGACAAAGCCUCAGUCACCAUCACCAGCCGCUACGACGGCGUCAUCAGGAAGCUCUACUACGACGUGGACGCCAUCGCGCUUGUUGGCAAACCGCUGGUCGACAUCGAGACGGAGUCUGGCUCAGAGCUAAUCCAGGAGGAAGACGUGGUGGAGACCCCUGCCAUGGCCCGGGAGGAGCACACCCACCAGGAGAUCAAAGGUCACAAGACCCAGGCCACGCCCGCCGUCAGGCGGCUGGCAAUAGAGAACAAU